AUGCAAUUCAACACCUUCAUCGUCGCCACCAUCGCCGCUCUUGCGGGCGUCAGCAUUGCCAGGCCAACCGGAGACGCAGCCGGACCUCAUCGGGAGACUCAGAUCGGAGCCGCCGAGAAUAACACAACAACGAACGCACCGAUGAGACACUGGCCUAAGAUCAUGUCGCCCAAUACUGGCAACGGGAACGUCAAACACGGAUCCAACGAGGACCAAAGCCUUGAUCCCCGAAUUGACCGCUGCCCUUCAGUCUGUGCCGUCGCAGCCCAAGCAUGCGUCGUUGCUCUUCCGGAUGACGAAGACUUUUGCUGGGACACCUACGUCGGAUGCACCGACCGCUGCUAA